GCCGGGUCACGGUUGGGACUGUCAGCGAAGACUUCUGUCAAGUGUGCGAUAAUCUAACGAUCACCUCAAACCGAAAGGUCAACACGUUGUUCCCCAAACAUGCUCCCGCCGUGAAGCCUCGCGGUGACGUCAUUACCGGUGCGACGGCCUGGCCUGGCCUGGGCCGGGAGUCUGGGGACCCGCUUUCCAAGGCUUUUCAGACACACAGUAUGGAGACUCUGAGCACUCCUAUGGCUCUAGCGAUAUUGGCCGGAAUAGGAUCUGGCAUGUGCCUGGGUUGGGUGGUUCGUGGGCGUUUUGUUGGGCCUUUAAAAACCUCACUGCGAAACACAGUGAUGGAAACCAGUGUCAUGGGGGAGAGUGGCGAGUACAAGAUGGUGCUGGUGGUUCGUAAUGACCUGAAGAUGGGCAAGGGUAAAGUGGCGGCGCAGUGUUCCCACGCGGCGGUCUCCGCGUACAGGCAGCUCCAGGUCCGGAAUCCCGAUCUGCUCCGACAGUGGGAGUACUGCGGACAACCCAAAGUGGUCCUCAAGGCACCCGACGAAGACAGCAUCGUAAGCUUAUUGAUGCACGCCAAGGAGCUGGGGCUGACCGUUAGCUUGAUCCAGGACGCUGGGCGCACUCAGAUAGCACCUGGCUCACGCACGGUGCUGGGCAUCGGCCCAGCCUCAGCAAAGCUGGUGGACCAGGUGACAGGACACCUGAAACUGUAUUAAGUAUAUCUGUGCCUUGACUGACUGUGCAGUUUGACUGACUCAUGGAUCUGAAACCCAUUACCUGGACAGUUAGUGGUAUUUCUCAGUAGACAGGCUCCAGGACACUGAGCCGAGUCAGUCCAAAUUAUUUGGGGUUGAUGCUGUGCUCUGCAUUCAUUAGAACAUAGAACCAUACAGGCCCUUCAACCCACAAUGUUGUUCCUAAUGUAUUGGCCUCUACCACCCUCCCCCCCCGGCAGCAGAGUGUUCCACAUACCCACCACUCAUUGUAAAAACAAAAAAAAAUCUACCUCUGAAAUUGCCCGCUAUACUUUCCCCCAAUCGCCUUAAGUUUAUGUCCAUCUGUACUAAUUGGAUCAGUGUUAUUGUGGCAUCUGUCAUCUUUGCUAAUGCCAUGACACUCAAGUGUUUGGACAACUUAAUUAACAGUAGGCAAGUGGGGAACAGUAGUGACAGGAUCAGUAAGCACGGCCCACUCAUUUCCAUUGCACUCUGAGGAGGUGCAGUGUUCCCGGCAGCUAUCGGUAAAAGGCAGCAAAGCUACUCAGCGCCAGCUUGAGGCCUAGAAAUGGACGUUUCCCCUGCAAGAAGUGCCUGGGCACUUCUCCAAGGAACAACCUCUGUCCUUCCCAUCUGCUCCCCACCCUCGCCAACCACACUCCUGUUUGCUCACAUUGUACAAAUACAUUCUUUGUUGGAUGCAGGAAUUUUAACAUUCCAAAACAUCUCGGGGGCCGGUCAGUGGAAUAGGCUGAAUAUUGAUAACUCUUUACAGCCUUGCUGACCAGAACCAUAUCGGCUGGCGUAGGCUUUGCUGGCGGGAGGUACCUGGGUGGCUGGUUCACUGAAAUAAAGGAAAUGUCAAAAAUACUGCCUGAACUGGCUCAUUUCUGUAGGUGGGUCCUGUUCACGAGAUAUAUAUCACAGCUAACUGGGUAACUUCUUCAGUUUUAACUUCCCACAUACUGAAUAGUGGUGAACCCAGUUGCAGAGAAAAGUCACAAAAUUAGAGGGUCCAAAAAAAACUGACGGGCAAAGGGGGGCAGGAGAGGUUCCGGAGGAUUGGAGGGUUGAAGAUGUGGUUCCCUUAUUCAAAAAAAGGAGUAGAGAUAGCCCAGGAAAUUAUUGACCAGUGAGUCUUAUUUCAGUAGUUGGUAAGUUGAUGGAGAAGAUCCUGAGAGACAGGAUUUAUGAACAUUUGGAGAGGCAUAAUAUGAUUAGGAAUAGUCAGCAUGGCUUUGUCAAAGGCAAGCUAUGCCUGAUGAGCCUGAGUGAAUUUUUUGAGGAUGUGACUAAACACAUUGAUGAAGGUAGAGCAGAAGAUGUAGUGUAUAUGGAUUUCUGCAAGGCUUAUUGAGAAAGUAAGGAGGCAUGGGAUCCAAGGGGACAGUUUGUGGAUCCAGAACUGGCUUGCCCACAGAAGGCAAAGAGUGGUUGUAGACGGGUCAUAUCUGCAUGGAGGUUGGUGUCCGGUGGUGUGCCUCAGGGAUCUGUUCUGGGACCCCUUCUCUUCAUGAUUUUUAUAAAUGACCUGGAUGAGGAAGUGGAGGGAUGGGUUAGUACAUUUGCUGAUGACACAAAGGUUGGAGGUGUUGUGGAUAGUGUGGAGGGCUGUCAGAGGUUACAGCGGGACAUUGAUAGGAUGCAAAACUGGGCUGAGAAGUGGCAGAUGGAAUUCAACCCAGGUAAGUGUGAGGUGGUGCAUUUUGGUAGGUCAGAUAUGAUGGCAGAAUAUAGUAUUAAUGGCAAGACUCUUGGCAGUGUGGAGGAUCAGAGGGAUCUUGGAUUCCACAUCCAUGUCCAUAGGACUCUCAAAGCUGCUGCUGUGUUUAAGAAGGCAUACCUCAUCAACCAAGGGAUUGAAUUCAAGAGCCGAGAGGUAAUGUUACAGCUGCAUAGGACCGUGGUCAGACCACACUUGGAGUACUGUGCUCAGUUCUGGUCACCUCACUACAGGAAGGAUGUGGAAGCUAUAGGAAGGGUGCAGAGGAGAUCUACAAGGAUGUUGCCUGGAUUGGAGAGCGUGCCUUAUGAGAAUAAGUUGAGUGAACUCGGCCUUUUCUCCUUGGAGUGACAGAGGAUGAGAGGUGACCUGAUAGAGGUGUAUAAGAUGAUGAGAGACUUUGAUCGUGUGGAUAGUCAGAGGCUUUUUCCUAGGACUGAAAUGGCUAACACGAGAGGGCACAGUUUUAAGGUGCUUGGAAAUAUGUACAGAGGGGACGUCAGGGCUAAGUUUUUUUUUAACGCAGAGAGUGGUGAGUGUGUGGAAUGGGCUGCCAGCGACUGUGGUGGAGGCAGAUAUGAUGGCGUCUUUUAAGAGGCUCCUGGAUAGAUACAUGGAGCUUAGAAAAAUAGAGGGCUAUGGGUAACCCUAGGUAAUUUCUAAAGUAAGUACAUGUUCAGCACAGCAUUGUGGGCCGAAGGGCCUGUAUUGUCCUGUAGGUUUUCUAUGUUUCAGAAAUCAAAAUCCAAAAAAACAGCAACUGGAGAUUCCUACAAAGGCCAGGCUUUACUUUUAUAUUUUAAAACAUGAUGAUUCCAAGACUGAACAAAGGAACGAGACAAAGGACUUUUGUAGGGUUACUGAGAAGGCACAGUGAUAACAAUGAACUAAUAAUUAGCCUGAAAGGCAGGUGAGCGAGUUGAAGUUGGCCAUGUCAUCUCUGCCUCCCUAUGGUGACCAGUUUGAGGUAUGACAAUGUGUGGGUAUGAAGGAACUUUUUACAUUUCAGAGCUCUCUCAGUUUGCUGUGAGUAGCUUCAUGUCCUGAGGUUGGGUUUGUGCUGCGUAAGCAACUGGGGCAGGAGGUUGCUUUCCUUCAGACUGCCCCACUCUCCAAUUGGUACACAGUAGUUCACCUUCCUCUUAACUCCCUAACUGAAUAAAUACCAAUCUGAAUUUUGAGCAUCCUUACGUUGCAGAGAAUUUCAAGGAUGUAUUGUGAUUGGACUCUAUGUACAUUGGAGAAGAAGCUCCUUUGACCCACCAAAUCCAGAUUCACCUCCAUGCAUCCUUCCACACCAAUCCCCAUUUUAUCCCCCACACACACACACAGGGACAAUUAACCUAUAACCUCGCAUGUUUUUAAGAUGCUGGAGGAAACUCGUGCAGUCACUGGAAAAACGUGCAAACUCCACGUGGACAGCACCGGAGGUCAGGAUUGGAUCCGGGCUGGUGGGCAGCAGCUCUGCUAGUUGUGCCAUUAUUUCCUCUCAACUCUAAAUGCAUGACACUUUGAAACUGAGCUAUUUUUAUCAACCGAGUAAACAGCCCUGUGACGUAGGGAAACAGGAGCAGGAGUCGGCCAUCUGACCCAUUCAAUAACAUCCUGACUGUUCCAUGCAUCAACUCAGCUUCACCUAUCUGGCUUUUCCCCAUUACCCUUAAUUCCCCCACUAUGCAAAAAUCUAUCUAAUUAUGAAUAAAUAUAUUUAAUGAGGCAGUUUCUACUGUUUCCCUGGGCUGAGAAUUCCACGGACUCACUAUUCUCCGGGAAAAGCAGUUUCUCCUUAUCUUCAUCCUAAAUCUGUCCUCACAAAUCUGUCCCCAAGUUUUAGUCUCAAUAACCAGUGAAAACAUCUCUGCUGCCUCUAUCUUAUCUAUCCCUUUCAUAAUUUAAUAUUUUUCUAUAAGCUCCCCUCUCAUUCUAAAUCCCAAAUAUGUCUCAAGCGACUUGCUCUCUUCCUCAUAGGUUAACCCCGACGUUUAUCCGAUGAAACCUCCUCCCUUUUAAACUGCAAGGAACAUUGGUCAUUCUGAAUCUUCAGUCAAUCCAGUCAACUCCAACUAGCAUAGCAAACCUUUCUGGCAUCCUGUGGUUCUCUGUAACCAUAAGAUAUAGGAGCAGAAUUAGGCCAUUUGGACCACUGAGUCUGUUCUGCCAUUUCAUCAUGGCCGAUGCAUUUUCCCUCUCAGCCCCAAUCACUUGUCUUCUCCCCGUAUCCCCUCAUGCCCUGCCCAAUGAAGAAUCCAUCAACCUCUGCCUUAAAUAUAUCCAAUGACUUGGCCUCAGCUGUACUGUCGAUCUGUUUGCUGGUAGGCAUCUUGGAGAAGAUCCGGGUCACCUCUGAGGUGGGGGUGGAUUUGCGCCCUUUCACCUCAGCAUUUAUCAGGUUUAGUUGACAGUUGGCCAUCUAGGUUACCUGCUGUUUCUCUAAUGCAGUGAUUCUUUGCCAAAAGAAAACGUUUCCUAACUCUUAUGACAAAAUUAUUGCUUAUGGUCAGAAAUAAAGCAGAGCUUCACACUCCCAUAUGUGGCCGUACCUGACCCUAAAAUGUCCCAACGACUUGAUGCGCCUUGAUUCUCUUCAGCACACCCCGAAACUUGACUUGAUUUUCCCUUUGACCACUCGAGGUGUGCACUUCAGCAGUGAUUCCCCAAUUAUCUCCGGGAUGCCUGGUCACUGUCCUCAACAAGCAAAGUGUUUUAUCCUAGCCCAGUAUCCAACUUAACAUUAACUAAUGUUUGAUUGGUGCAGGCCAAUGUAUCUGCCGCUGUCUGCAAGGAGUGCAUGCAUUCUCUCCGUGGCCGCCUUGAUUUUCUCCAGUUUCCUCCCACAGUCCAAAGACCUACCACGGUUGGUUUUGUAAAUUGUCCCGUGAUUAGACUCAGGUUAAGUUGGGGGUUGAUGGGCGGGGAGGCUGGUUAAGUCUAUUCCACAUUGUAUCUCGAUAAAUAAAUAAAUUGCUUGAAAUCCGUUGCCUGCAAAGUAAAGGGUCUCGGCUCGAAACGUCGACUGUGCUUCUUCCCAUGGAUGCUGUCUGGCCUGCUGCGUUCCACCAGCAUUUUGUGUGUGCUGCUUGAAUUUCCAGCAUCUGCAGAUUUCCUCACGUUUGCGAUUGAAAUUUUUAGCUUUAUUUAUCACAUAUACAUUGCAACAUACAUGCGUCACUUACGUCAGGGGUGUGCUUGGGGGCAGCCCACAAGGCCACCAACGGAGUAUGCCCACAACUCACUAACCCUAACCUGUAGGUCUGUAGAACGAGGGUGUAAACUGAAGCUCAGACAGCGGCAGGAAUUGAACCCCAGAAUGUGCUGUACUGUUCCGCCUGCAUUGUGUCAGGGAAAACUGAGCGUCCAGUCGACUGUCUGGAGCAUCUAUUCAAGCACCCACACUCACAUUAAUCCUAUCACCAUUAUAUUCUCCCCUAUCAAGUUCCUACACCUCAAACUCUACGACAUAUCUACACAUUAAGGGCAGCUCACAUUGACCACUUAACCCACCAAGCUGAUAUCUUUAGAUGUAAAGAUGGGCCAAAUUUU